UGCACCGCAGCCGCCCGCGCGUCCUCCAGCACCAUGUCGGUGGCCGGGCUCAAGAAGCAGUUCCACAAAGCCACCCAAAAAGUGAGUGAGAAGGUUGGAGGAGCUGAAGGAACCAAGCUAGAUGAUGACUUCAAAGAGAUGGAGAGGAAAGUGGAUGUCACCAGCAGGGCUGUGAUGGAAAUAAUGACGAAAACAAUUGAGUACCUUCAACCCAAUCCAGCUUCCAGAGCCAAACUCAGCAUGAUCAACACCAUGUCAAAAAUCCGUGGCCAGGAGAAAGGGCCAGGUUACCCCCAGGCAGAGGCGCUGCUGGCAGAGGCCAUGCUCAAGUUUGGAAGAGAGCUCGGAGAUGACUGCAACUUUGGCCCAGCGCUUGGUGAGGUGGGGGAGGCCAUGAGGGAACUCUCGGAGGUCAAGGACUCCUUGGACAUGGAAGUGAAGCAGAACUUCAUUGACCCCCUUCAGAAUCUUCAUGACAAAGAUCUGAGGGAAAUUCAGCAUCAUCUGAAGAAGUUGGAGGGGCGACGCCUGGACUUUGAUUACAAGAAGAAACGACAAGGCAAGAUUCCUGAUGAAGAGUUACGUCAAGCUCUGGAGAAAUUUGAUGAGUCUAAGGAGAUUGCUGAGUCAAGCAUGUUCAAUCUCUUAGAGAUGGAUAUCGAGCAGGUGAGCCAGCUGUCUGCGCUCGUCCAAGCCCAGCUGGAGUACCAUAAGCAGGCAGUCCAGAUCCUGCAGCAGGUCACCGUCAGACUGGAGGAAAGAAUAAGACAAGCUUCAUCCCAGCCAAGAAGGGAGUAUCAGCCUAAACCUCGAAUGAGCCUGGAGUUUUCAACUGGGGACAGCACUCAGCCCAAUGGGGGCCUUUCCCACACAGGCACCCCCAAACCUGCAGGUGCCCCAAUGGAUCAGCCCUGCUGCCGAGCUCUGUACGACUUUGAACCUGAAAAUGAAGGGGAGUUGGGUUUUAAAGAGGGUGAUAUCAUCACACUCACUAACCAGAUUGAUGAGAACUGGUAUGAGGGGAUGCUCCACGGCCAGUCAGGCUUCUUCCCCAUCAAUUAUGUGGAGAUUCUGGUUGCUCUGCCCCACUAGGAUGUUAACGCUGGCUGCCUCACCUCUUCUUGACCCAGAUAGUUAGGUUUAACCACUGCUUUGGUAAUGCUGCUUACAAUACAUCCCAAGUGCAGGCUGCAGUGGUCCAAGUCGUCAAGCCCCACUGAGUACGUUUGGUUGACUUGUGUGAUCCCACAAGAGUCAUGGUGAUGGAUGAUAUCUUCUUAGCCUGGUGGGCAUGGCAUGUGCUUUUACAAUACCAUUUGAGACCAGCCAGUAGUCACAGAACUGCUGUUUACACAGUUCUCAGGAGGCUGUGGCCUCUGAGAAUUUGACCAUGAGCCACAUCACAUAUCCACCAUCCUACUGAAGAUAUUGUCUAUCACCGGCGGGCCGUCUCAAGGUCUCAGGUUCUCCAUUUAAGUAGAAGAGAAAGUUCUUGUUUUCACAUCAGCCCCUCCCAAACGUGUGAGUCACAGAACUGUCCAAGAAAGCCUCCCUCACCAGCAAAUUAUCUUCUGGUCUGAAUGAGUGAAUUCCUGGACGCUCUCAUAGAAAGUGUUGAGUGUGGGUUCAAAGCCUUCUCUGAAAAGUCUCCUUUGUUCCCCUGCUUCUGCCUGUUUCUGAGGCUCAGCUGGUUUUCUUCCCUCCCUGCUGUUAAAGCCAGACGGUGAUUCCCAUUUAUCUCUAAGUAAGACAGUCAUCAUGUUGUGGGAGGAGCUGAAGAGGUUCUCUACUAUGAGGAAUUGGAAAGGACCUGGUCACCAAGCUUUCCUUUCUUGCUGUACAGAAACCAGAUAUGUAUACAGGGCAUUUCUGAAGGUACACGGAAGGGGGAACAGAUGUCUUCACUUCAGUUCUGUUUGUGAAUUACAUGUUUCAUGAAUCCAUUUGGUACAGAAACACAAGGAGAGCACUCGAAACCAUUUCUCCACUAGUUCAUAGACCAAGAAACAGUAACUAUCUUCCCAUUCCACUUUCACCUUGUGUUCUUUGAACAUCGUUUGUGCAUAUUCUGCCCUCAAUGAGGACCAAAUAAAGACGAUUUUUGUGCUUAGCAGUUUAAGAUGUGUGGCUGCAUAUGCAAGACUCUUUUGCAGUUCAGUAAUGACAUUUAUUUCUGUCCCUUCUAUCUCCUCUUCAUUUUGUGUGUACAGUGCUAUGCGUACGCUUAUGAGUUGUUGUUGUUGUUUUUUUUGUAUCAGUCAUUAAAGUCUUGUUAGGUAUCCAGAGUUCUAUUUAUCUAGCUGUACAGAU